UAUUUUAAAGAAAUCAUCCGCCAACAAAAUUUACUAAAAGCUAACAUGUGGCAAUAUACAGAUUCGCUUCACGAAUUAACCACAUCGGUUAAUAAUAUUCUUACGAAUAAGGUGGCUCAUCAAGUGGAGGAAACAACAACUUCAUUCUUCACAAUGUUUAAUUUUCCGUUACAUGAUGAAGAAGAUUUAAUCCGCGUUGAUGAACACUUAAAUGACGAGAAAAAUUUUAACGUUGCGAUGAAUGAACUUGCGAAAAAUGGUGGAAGUUCUGUAUACAAUUUUACUCAAAGAGCUUUGCAAAUGUUGAUUACUAAUGACCUUGCAGCAACGUACAGCUGGUUGGGAAGGCGAGUCAAAAAAACUUUCAACAAAUUAAAAUUAGCGGAUUUAAUAAUUGGUUCUGUCAAAAAAAACAUCCCAAAUUCCACUAAUAAAGAGUGCGAAGAAGCAAUUCAAAAGUGGUUAAGGAGAGCCAAGGAACGUACCCAGUUGCAAACGGACAUACAAUGGACGUCCAAUGUAUGUCCGCCGUACUUAAUCUGGACGUCCAGUGGAUGUACACAAUGUCCGGCAUGGACAUCCAUCGUACAUACAUAG